UUUUCAUUAGUGUUCUAACCGUGUUCAGUUCAGUGACAUAAUGGAGACCAUUGCGAGUUUUUACAACCUGGUGUUCUAUGAGAGAUCAGAUCCUCGCGUAAAGGACUGGCUGCUUUUGUCGUCACCAAAACCGCUCGUUAUCAUCAUCUCCAGCUAUCUGUUCCUCAUUAAGUUUGUUCUACCGAAGUUCAUGGAAAACAGGAAGCCGUAUCAACUUAGAAAUGUCAUCAAGUGGUACAAUGUGUUGCAAAUCAUAUCCAACGCUGUCGUCACUUGGGGGAUUAUGACAUCCGGCUGGACUACCACAUACCACUUUGGAUGUGUGCUACCAGAUUAUUCAAUGAAUCCAGAAGCGCUUCGAAUGCUACGAUUCUUUUGGUGGACGAUGAUACUGAAAUUGUUGGAGUUGGUCGAAACCGCGUUCUUUCUUUUACGAAAGAAAGAAAACCAGGCUUCCUUCCUGCACAUUUAUCAUCACGUCAGCACACUGAUCCUCAUUUGGAUUGGUGUCAAAUAUAUUGGUGGUGGCAUGGUGUCUUUCGCUCCAAUGUUAAACAAUUCAGUACAUGUAGUUAUGUACACAUACUAUCUAUUAUCUUCAGAAGGAAGUCCUACAAUAAAAGGCUUACUUAAUAAGUAUAAAAAGUGGAUAACUAUCAUGCAAAUGGUUCAAUUUACACUGCUAUUGGUGCAUAGUUCACAAGUGUUUUUACCAGAUUGCAACAUGUCUCUUAGCUUUGCAUGGAUGUAUUGUCCUAAUGUAAUAUUUGUUUAUUAUAUGUUUUAUAAGUUUUUCAAGGCAAAUUAUGGACAUUCUGUUGACAAAAAAGGAAAUUUAAAUGUGAAUAAAGUCAAAAAAACACCAAAACAUAACUAGGAAAAUUAGGAAAAAAAUAUUGUUAUAACACUUUUUUUUUAUA